AGCCGCUCGCCACCGAAUCGCCAGCCUCGGCGGCAGCUGUAUCGUCAUCCUCCGCCACCAGUGCCCACGAUUUUUCUCCAAGAGCCCGUCCACUGCGAAUCCAAGCCAGCACGGGCGACCCUCCAACAGAUGUUGCAGCUGCUACUCGUCGUUUAGCUCGUUUAGUCCAAACAAAGGCAGCUCAGCAGCAAUGAUUGACCAAGCGACACUGGACAAGCUCGAGGCGGGCUUCGCCAAGCUCCAGAGCUCCGAGAGCAAUUCCCUUCUAAAGAAGUACCUGACCAAGGAGGUCUUCGAUGCCCUAAAGACGAGAAAGACCUCGUUCGGCUCGAGCCUCCUCGAUGUCAUCCAGUCCGGCGUCGAGAAUCUCGACUCGGGUGUCGGUAUCUAUGCCCCCGACGCCGAGUCCUACACCCUGUUCGCCGAGCUCUUUGAUCCCAUCAUCGAUGACUACCACGGUGGCUUCAAGAAGACCGACAAGCACCCACCCAAGGACUUUGGCGAUGUCGACACCCUUGGAAACCUUGACCCCACCGGCGAGUACAUCGUAUCGACGCGAGUCAGGUGCGGUCGUUCUCUCGAGGGUUAUCCGUUCAACCCUUGCCUGACCGAGGCCCAGUACAAGGAAAUGGAAGAAAAAGUCUCGAGCACACUUUCCGGCCUCGAGGGUGAACUCAAGGGCACCUUCUACCCGCUCACGGGCAUGAGCAAAGAAGUCCAGCAGAAACUCAUCGACGACCACUUCCUGUUCAAGGAGGGUGAUCGUUUCUUGCAGGCUGCCAACGCUUGCCGAUACUGGCCCACCGGACGCGGUAUCUUCCACAACGACGACAAGACCUUCCUCGUCUGGUGCAACGAGGAGGAUCAUCUUCGUAUCAUCUCCAUGCAGAUGGGCGGUGAUCUUGGACAGGUGUACCGACGUCUGGUGACGGCCGUCAAUGACAUCGAGAAGAGGCUGCCCUUCUCCCACAACGAUCGCUUUGGCUUCUUGACUUUCUGCCCGACGAACUUGGGCACCACUGUCCGCGCCUCCGUGCACAUCAAAGUUCCCAAACUGGCUGCCAACAAGGCUAAGCUCGAGGAGGUUGCUGGUAAAUUCAAUCUUCAGGUCCGUGGAACUCGUGGUGAACACACCGAAGCCGAGGGUGGUAUUUACGACAUCUCCAACAAGAGACGUCUGGGUCUCACCGAAUAUCAGGCAGUCAAGGAAAUGCACGAUGGAAUUGCCGAGCUGAUCAAGAUCGAGAAGGAGCUCUAAAAAGUUUUAAAAAGUGUUCAUCCUCUUAGGAGCUGCGAGGACUUCUCACUCUCCGUGUAUCCUCCUACCCGGUCCUUAUGUUUUCCCCCCUUCUGGUACACAAGUAUGACAAUUUAAAAAUAAGAUAAGCACUCACUUGUAUGUUGAACAUCGAAAAAUUUUAAUAGCAAAUCCAUACGGCUACGCAAAAAAUAUGUGUAACGAUUGAUAGUAAUUUUUUGGCGAAUAAGUAUACAUGAUAGAACUACGCAAUGUAUUUUUUUUCCUUUCUGCGUAAUUAGGCCGUAUGCGCGUGUAUAGCUUCUCCCAGCAUUUCUUGAAUAUAGAAAUGUUAGUUGAACGAUACUUUUAUCGAAUUAUUGUUAAUUGUUAAUAAUAAUAAUAUUAGUAAUAGGAGAUACGUGAUAAGAAAUAAAAAAUAAUCAGACGAAAAACGCUUGAAUUUCCUUUGCUAAUCUGUGCAACAAUAGUAUACGUUCUUUAACGUUGUGUCUUUCUUGUGUACGUAAGACAAAAAAAAGUUCGAUGAGUUCCUUGUAUUUCAUUAUGAAAAAUUAACGUGAUGUACAUAUAUCACGUGAGAUAUAUUGUCGAUAUAGCGGGGAAUCAAUGGAUGGGGAAAGGUGGCGAUAAAAUUAUAAUCAAUGAAGAAUAUUUUAAAAAAAGGGGGAAAAAAUUCAAGGAUAACGCGAGGAGCAGCUCGUACUAUGCGAUUAUAUGUUGUGAUUUUCAGUAUUUACUCAGUUUUAUUAUAACAACUUUUUUUUCUCGUUCCCUCCUUUUUUGUAUUAUCGGCGGACACACACGUACACCAUUGUGUAGCUUUUGCGUCUCGUUCGUUUAGAAAAUAAUUACCAAGUAAAAUAAACAUACGUACUAGAAAACAAGUGAAUACUAAUUAAAGUGAAAUUAGUUGACUUAGACAUUGAGAAUUUGGGUGAUGUGCAAGCACUUGGUGUUUGCCAACUCGCUCUGUCGCUUUGUUCUGUCAUUAUUGAUUAUUAUUUUCGCCGUUCGUUUCUUUUACUCAUUUACAUUUUUUAUCUGUGCGCCCAAUCAAGUAUUGUUAUUUUAAAAAUGGAAAGAGCAUACAUACCAAAAAAUUAUGCAACGCAUGUAAUCACUCGUGCUGUCCAAAUCCUGAUUGUGUAAUCGUUCCCGAUGGUGAACGAAACGCUUGAGAUAAAAACGAUUUAAAAAGUCGAGAAAAAUCAAAACUAUGUGUUUCAGGUUAACGCUCGGUCAUCUAUAGAAGGUGAAUGCACCGGUACAUUGAAAAACAGUAAAUUAAUUUCCAGGUCAACAAAAUUUCUUCAAUCGAACGGAAAAAUGGUUUUUAAAAAUUUUCCUGCUUUUGUGUUGAUAUCACGGUUUAUUUAAACGACUGAGCGAAAAUCGAAAGUAUAUAGCGAAUGAUGGCAAAAAAAUGAUGAGUG